AUGCGUGAAGUCAUUAAAGAUAUGAGGGCGGAACUCGAUCGUGACUUCAAGGACCCGAAGUUCGUCUACGAAAGUCGCUUCUGGCGGAUCCAGGUGUACCCAUUAAAAACAGCGCACCGGUCGACCCAGUUCGCCGAAGAAAUUGACAAAGUGGAUCGCGCGAAUGCCAAGCGCAUCAUCAACUCCUUGAAACAUGCCGUCCAAUUUGCUCCGCUUGGUGCCAUCUACAUGACACUACCGGCGGUGAUUGCCUACCACGUGGCGGUGGAGAAGCGCAAGGACUGGGUGUGA